GUGCUGGUCGCCGUUGCCGAGAGUAUGGCGGUUGUUGAUGGUGUUUGAGUAAUGCUGCAGAUACAGUCGUAGGUUAUUUCGUUACAGUUCAGGCGUUAUUGAGUUCCGUCUUCUCACCAAAGGAAACAUAACGUUAUACAAUUGAAGGAUCUGAAGCAAGAUGACGAAAGUACAGUACAAAGCAGGCGAUCUUGUGUUCGCAAAGGUUCGCGGUUACCCACCAUGGCCAGCAAGAAUCGAAGGCUCCACACCAGACAAGGGAACAGUGAAGAGCCAAAAGUACUACAUCCUUUUCUACGGCACGUACGAGACAGCUACUCUUGGCUUGAAAGACAUCUUUCCAUACAAAGAGUUCAAGGGAAAAUACGGACAACCUCAGAAGAGGAAAUUUUUUAAUGAAGGUCUAUGGGAGAUUGAAAACAACCCAACUGUGAAACCUCCUGGACUGAAGAGCCCUGCAGGAAAGCCAGCAAAGAAAAAGGAAACAACGAAAGACGAUAUAGAUGAUGAAGAGGAGGAAAGGGAAGGAAGCUCACCAGUUACUGACGGAAAAACAAAGAUGAAAAAGACAGAGGCUCCUACAGGCAGAAAGAAGGGUACUAAAAGGACACAUAAGGAACCUGUAGGAGAGGAUGAAACACCGAAGAAGAAGGCGCCAAAAGGUACAGCAAAGGACAUCACUCCCAAGUCAGCAACAGCAAAAAGCCGCAGUGGGCGCACCAUAAAGCGUAAGAAGUUCAGCUCUGAAAGUGAAUCUGAUCACGAGGAGGAUGCAGAGGAAGAAAUGGAACAAAGCAGUGCCACAACAAAAGAGAGCCCGAGCAAGGCUUUGGAAAAGGAUGAUGAAAGUACACCAGUCGAGGAGACACCGAAGGAUGACAGCGUUUUGAUGGACGAGGGAGAGGAACAGCCAGCCCAAGAGAAACCGGUCAUCAAGAAGCCCGGCAAGAGGGGGCGACCAAAGAAGAAAGAUAAUCAAACAGCAGUAUCCACGGAGGCAACAGAAACGAGCUCUGAAACAAAGCCAGAAAAUGAAGACAAACUGCCUGAAAAGCCAGUGGAACAGAAAGAGAAAACACCAGAGAGGAAGCCUGAAAGAAAGCCUCGAAGAGAUCAGACAGAGCUGCUGAGAAGAAGGCACAGAAGGAAACAUUGGUGGCGGCUGAUGAAGAGAAACAGCAAGGAUGAUAACAAUGUGUUGGUGACAGAGAAGGAUGAAAGUAAAGAACUGAGAAAGGAUGUUACAGAAAAGGAGGCAAAGAGCAAAACGUUGAAAGGAAAAGAGAAAUCUGAAGACUUGCAUCAUCCGCUCGCCAAGGGAACUGCAUCCAAGCGAGGACAGAGGACCGCCAACUCUGCCAAAGGGGACUCCACUAUAGACACAAGUCAAGAGCUUACUGUCCUAGAUGCUUCACAUACUGUUGAUGCAAGUGGCGAAGAAGAGCCAAGCAAAGGUGCAUCUGAAGGCGCAGAUGCCUCUUCAGGCAGUUCGUCUGCUCGGAAAAGGUAUCGAAGUAAGGCGUGGAGAGAAAACAUGAGUAAAAGAAUUAACAGCAAAACUGCAUCGGGAAGUAGUUCAGAAUCCGAAAAUGAAAAGGGGUCGUCACCGAGUCACCAGUCUCCGCCAAAGAAAAGGAAAACAUCCCCUCGUGUCCCCAAAGUUAACCCCGUUGUUAUUCUGAGGGACCUCUCUGAAUACGUCGACACGAACUCUAAAGAGCCUUACACUGUCCAUCAAGCGAAUGGAACGGAUGUUCUCAUCAAACAGGAUUCCAGCAAAGAGGCUUGUGUUUCCCUUGAAAAGCUGCACAAGAAAAUUGCGGAAAAAGAAGAGGAAAAGGAAAGGAUGAAGAAAGAAAAAUUGGAAAAGAAACGGAAAGAAAAAAUAGAGAAAAUGAAGUUGGGCCAGAUAGAAAGACGGCUUUGUGAUCUUGACAAAGAUAUCAAAAACAGCCUGGAAAUAUCUGUGAGGGAUAUUGAUGCAGCUCUCAAGGCAUUUACAGAACUUGACAAACUGCCUCUAACUCAGCCACUGUUGAGGAAAGAGCCUGAAAUUGUCAUCACCGUUAAAAAGUGCAGCAAGUUCACAGGUGAUGAGAGAAUACGGAAAAAGGCAGAGUACCUCUAUCACAAGUUCAAGAACAUACUUCUUGUACGUACAGCUGAACCUGUGCUGAGUGAUAAAGAAGGGAAGAAACAGCGAGACCCCAAAAGAAAAGAAGAAACAAAACAAAGCAGUGGUGCCACAAGGGGAUCAAAGCCUGAGGAAACAUCUCAAGGUGAAGAAGCACAGAGUGUGAUUACACCCCCAGAAGAGUCGGUGAAGCACUGACAGAUACUGCUAAAAUCUGUUGCUGUCUCACGAUGCUAAUCACCUCAUGACACAUUGUUAAUAUGUUCUAUAGGUAACAUUAAGCUACAGCCAUUGAUUAAAUGAGGCUGUGUCAAGAUGGUUGUCUGCAAAAUUUGCUCAUUGUUUUAAGAUCAUCACAUAAUGCAGCCUGCUACCGUUUCUGCAUUUUGUUGCUCUCUUUCUUGGUUAUGACGUAUCCACUAUCAUGGGAAUUCUGGGAGGAACACUAUGUGUCUGUAAACUUAUCGCAGCUCCCUGAACUUCUUGGAUUCACCCUGUGCUAGAAGCGGACAUUUGUUUUGUGACCUUGAUUAAAAGCAUUGCUUGAGGUACGCAAAGGUUGGAAGACCAGUAUGUACAUAUAACAGUUGUUCCUCUGAAGCGAGCCUAGCGCAAUAUAGCAAACCACUUCCUGCAUAUCCUGCUACAAACCUUUUACGUUCACGUCUAGCAGGCUGUCCUACUCGCGUGUGUAAAAUAUGUUGGGAAAAUAAAUCUUCUGCAGAGUUACUAAUGCAGAAAAAACAAA